AUGGAUGUUAAUGAGAAUGGGCAGACGUUUAUUGAUGUUACGGAGGGAGAAGUGUGGUUUUUUCCUAAGGGCGUUCCUCAUUCAAUUCAAGCCCUAGAUGGGAUGUUGAGUUUCUGCUUGUUUUUAUCACGGAAAGAAGUCCUCACCAAAGACCUAGGCAUCCCCAUCUUCUCCCUGGACAACAUCUCCCAAGACAAAUUAUACAUCUUCCCCGGCACCCCCGCCCCCUCAAACAUCUCCGAACAAAACGUAAUCACCCUCGCCGGCCUCAUCCCCCUCUCCCAAAGCUACACCUACCACCUCUCCCAACAACCCGCACGCCGCAUCGCCGGCAGCUCCAUCAAAAUCAUCGACCCCGCAGCCUUCCCUAUCGCCUCCAAUUUCUCCACCGCAAUCGUCAUCGUGAACCCGGCGGCAUGCGGCCGCGCGACGCUUUUCGGGCCGCCCUUGACAGCAACCACAUUCAAUUAUAUGACCGGUGACGUGGGUUACUUCCCGCAGUCGAAUAGCCACUAUAUCGAGAAUACAGGAAACGAGAAGUUGGUGUUUUUGGAAGUGCUGCAGGCGGAUGUUUUUACGGAUAUUGCAUUAGGGCAGUGGAUUGCGAGUACACCGAGGGAUAUUGUGAAGAAAAAGUUGGGGUUGAGUGAUGGGAUGUUGGGGAUGUUGAAGAUAGAGAAGCAGUAUGUUGUUGCUGGGACUGAGAAAGGAUGUAAUUUUUGA